GAAGCGCGGGGCGCAGGCGCCGGGGUCCGGGCCGCCCGCCGGCCGCGGUCUGGGCAGCCGGGAGCUCGGGGGCGCCGGGGGGGGUGUCCCCGCACGGUCCCCGGAGGGGCGGGGGAGGAUGAGCUCGCCGUGGGGCCCGGGCGCCGACCUCGCCCGCUUCUACACCGUCACCGACCCCCGGCGCCACCCGCGCGGCUACACGGUGUACAGAGUCACUGCGCGCGUGGUUUCCCGGAGGAAUCCAGAAGAGGUUCAGGAGAUAACUGUAUGGAAGAGAUACAGUGACUUUAAGAAGCUGCACAGAGAGUUGUGGGAGAUCCACAGGCACCUUUCCCGACACUCAGAGCUGUUUCCUCCAUUCGCCAAAGGAAUCGUAUUUGGACGCUUCGGCGCGACCGUGAUCGAGGAGAGGAGGCAGUGUGCCGAGGACCUGCUGCAGUUUUCGGCUAACAUCCCCGCCCUCCACAGCAGCAGGCAGCUGCGCGACUUCUUCAAGGGCGGCGUGGUCCAGGAUGGCUCCGAGCUGAUCGGCCCGGCGGAAGUUUACCCUGAGUUCCCCGUCCACAGCUGCGCCGAGAGCAGCACGCAAGGCUUCUCCCGCGGCGCGGACCGGGCGCCCGUCUCCGUGGACGCGGAGUCUCCGGCCGAGCCCGACGACGGCAUGGCGUCCGACCGGAGCUCCCCCGCCGGGAGCCUCGGCCUUUCCUCGGCCUUUCCUUCGGCGCCGCCGCCGCCGCCGGGCGAACAGAGCGGAGCAGAGGAGGAGCGGGAGGGCCGCCGCUUCCCCGGCAGCCGGAAGGCCGGGCGCGGCCACACGGACUACCUGGAGGCGGCCGCCGAGCUCGUCAGCCUGGCGCUGAGGAAGGAGGACGACGCCGAGUACGCAGCCGCGUCCGGCUUCUACAGGGACGGCGUCCACCUGCUCCUGGAGGGCGUCCAAGGAGAGUCCAGCCCAACACGCCGAGAAGCCGUCAAGAGAAGGACUGCUGAGUACCUCACGCGAGCCGAGAGUCUCUCCAGGCUGUGUGGGAAACCCCAGUGCAAUGCAGCUCCGCAGCCUCCAGGAUCACUAAGUUCAAGGCCCCCUUGGAACCUAAGGAGCCCUGCCGAGGAGCUGAAGGCCUUCCGAGUCCUUGGGGUGAUUGACAAGGUUUUACUCGUAAUGGACACAAGGACGGAACAGACAUUCAUCUUAAAAGGUCUGAGGAAGAGCAGCGGCCACAGCGGGAACAGAAAGACGGUCAUCCCCCGCCGCGUGCCCAACAUGGUGUGUCUGCACAAGUACAUGGAGUCCGAGGAGGGCGUGUUCCUGGUGCUGCAGCACGCCGAAGGUGGCAAACUCUGGUCCUACAUCAGUAAGUUCCUACACAGAAGCCCGGAAGACAGCUUUGCCACGGAGGAGGUGAGAGCCCCUGCCCGCGGGAGGGUCCCCCAGGACAGCAGCAGCUUUGGCUCCAGAGGCAGCGAGGCCGGGGCCGGGCUCGGGGCCGUGCCCCUGAAGGCCAGCCUCACCCCCAGCUCCCAGGACGGGAGCGGCGCGGAGGACGAGGGCCGGGCCGAUUCCCCGCAGUGGCCGGACUCGGGCUCCAGCUCGGAGGAGGGCUGCACCACCAGCUACCUGACGCUGUGCACCGAGUACGGGCAGGAGAAGGUGGGGCCGGGCUCGCUGGAGGAGGAGCUCUGUCCUGGCACCAGCGGGGACCGGGCCGCCGCCGACAGCCUGCCGGCACCCUGGCACCCCCGGGCGGCCUGCAGAGCCCCGCAGCGGGCGCCUUCCCCCUGGGACGACGACCCCGCCUGCUCGCCGAGGAGCUCUGAGUCCCUGUGGAGGUUGAGAAAUAGCCCCAUGGAGUUUUUCCGCAUCGACAGCAAGGACAGUACCAGCGAGCUGCUGGGCCUGGACUUCGGGGACAAGCUGUGCAGCCUCAGGCCAGAGCCGCCCAGACCGCUCUUCCCCCUGGCCGACGGCGGAGGCUCCCCGGCCUGCCCCGACACCUGCAGCCGGAGCUCCGACGACUCGGUGCCCACCAUUUCUUUCAAAGACGCCGCUUUCGAAGAUGCGUGUGGUGCCGACGAGGGAAGGCCCGACCUUCUGGUAAACCUGCCCGGAGACCUGGAGCCAAGCAGAGACUGGGUGGCCGAGGGCCCGGCCCCCUCUGCACAGACAGACUCGGGCAGGGCGGAAAGCAAACUGUGGGAAGCCCCCGACGUCCUGUGCCUCAGGCUCAGAGCCGACCAGAGCCGUGCCCCAGAGGAAGAGGUCGGGGUGGAACUGAUCGGCGCCCCCGGGACCAGAGCCACGAGCCCGGCAGAGGGAGCCUCCGCCCCCGGGGAGCCGGUCGCGGCCGAGUCUCUGUCGCACGGCCCUGACCUCCGGGGACUCCCGGCCGUCCAGCCUGCCACCAGCACAGCAGAAAGCUCACUCGGUCCUCCCAGCGGGCUCCCGGGUGCUCGUGGGUGCGGCCAGGAGCCGGUGGAGGUGCGGCUGUUUGCAGAGCCCGCCGAGGAGCCGGCCUUCCAGGGGCGCCCGGAGAUCGGGAGCCGGAGCGGGCCGCCAGUCCGAGGAGACGGGGAGAUACACCAGCUCUUUGAAGACCUCGAUAAGAAACUAGCGCUCAGCUCCAGGCUUCACAUCCCGGAGGGCUGCAUUCAGAGAUGGGCAGCUGAGAUGGUGGUAGCCCUUGAUGCUUUGCACAGAGAGGGGAUUGUGUGCCGAGAUUUGAACCCAAACAACAUCUUACUGAAUGAUAGAGGACACAUUCAGCUAACGUAUUUUAGCAGGUGGAGUGAGGUUGAAGAUUCCUGCGACAGCGAUGCCGUAGAGGGAAUGUACUGUGCCCCAGAGGUUGGAGCAAUCACGGGAGAAACCGAAGCCUGCGAUUGGUGGAGCCUGGGAGCUGUCCUGUUUGAACUCCUCACGGGCAAGACGCUGGUGGAGUGCCACCCGGCCGGAAUAACAACACACACUACCCUCAACAUGCCGGAGUACAUCUCGGAAGAGGCUCGCUCUCUGAUUCAGCAGCUCUUGCAGUUCAACCCCGUGGAACGCCUUGGUGCUGGAGUGGCUGGGGUUGAAGACAUCAAAUCCCACCCGUUUUUCACCCCGGUGGACUGGGCGGAACUGAUGAGAUGAGCGCACGCGGGGCUCCCCACACACACUGUCACGGCCCCGGGCCCCUGGCCAGUGGCUGCUGCGUCACCCUGUCAAGGCCCUCACGCUUCAGAGGAGAGAGAGAGAGCUGUGGCGGAGAAGGACCGGGAAAGAGACCAGAGAGAAGAGGACUCGUCCUUCACAGUUGCUCUGAGCAAGGUGUCGCCUGCGUUUUGCGUGGCACAUGUGCCGUGAAGCCCCCCACUAGCGGAAACGCCCUCCAUGUGUAUGUGUGUGGGGGGCCCUUGACGUGGCGGGGUGGGCGGCAGGAGCGUGCUCACAGGACCGCGGGAGCAAUGCUCUGUGGAGCCAAACAAGUGAGUGGGGAGCACACACGGCCGGUCCACCAGGCACACAGGCCGGGAGGCCGUGCCGCUCUGUCCGCUGUCUGUGGCCCCGUGGCCCCCCGUGCUUCCAGACCCCCGUGAGCUGACUCUCCGUCCGUCCGCUUCACGCUCACUUGGUUGAUGCCCGGGCUUCCAGGAGGGCACCGAGCCCCUCGUCCCAGCUCCAGCAGCCUCGCCUGCUCUCUCAGCCAGCUCGGCCCCCGCCCUCCCCGGACACAGGGAACGGGGUGCUGCUCCUCCCCCCCCCCAUGGCGUCAACUCCCUGAGGACUAGGCCACCGAGAAGUGAAAUAAACACAGUGACGACAGCGA